GCUUCCUUUUUACUAGACGCGCUAGCUCUCAAGCUUUCGUCCCGAUACAUGCAGUAGUGGCCGCAGGAGAAGCCCCCGUGCGUUGUGUCCUCGCUCAUCGCCAGGCAGAGGGCACCUGAAAACAGUUGCGUAUCAGCUGCUCACCGAUCAUUCUCGCGGUUCUGGCAGUACUUGCGCCAAUCUCACUGGGUAAUUCACCGACCCUCCGACGAAGCCAGCAGCUUGUGCUUGAAGAGAGUAGGGAUCGAUGGGGAUCAUCAACUGGGUGCAGAAUCGUCUGAACACCAAGCAGGAGAAGAAACGAUCCGCCGCCGCCGCCGCCGCGGGCGCGAGCUCGGUUCGCAAUGCCCCGGUCCGGGAGAAUAGUUGCCGCGGCCAGGCCGACGACGAACUCCCCGGAGACUGGAGCAUGCUCUCCAUCGGAACCCUCGGCAACGAGCCCACGCCAGCGCCGGCGCCAGAUCAGGCGGUGCCGGACUUCACCAUCGAGGAGGUGAAGAAGCUGCAGGACGCGCUGAACAAGCUACUCAGGCGCGCCAAGUCUAAGUCCAGCUCCCGCGGCUCC